CACAAAAUGUUUAAAAGGGGGCGUGAGAAGGGACUGCGUUUGGAAACCCCUUCCUGUGCAGAGAAGGAGGAGAAAAAGGAGAGAGAGAGAGAGAGAGAGAGAGUUGCAAAUUCCGAGCAGCUUCAAGACCACAGAAGCAGGGCUGGCAUUGAGUGCAUGCAUGCAAGAAGAAGAGAACAUGACAAAGGAAAUGGAAGAAGGUCCACAGCAGGAAAGUUCCAAACAAGCAGAAAUAGUCCUGAAAACCACCAAGAAAGAGACUUCCUUGUGCCAUGACAAGAAAAAAACUCCUCGAACCCAAGAGAGCUUCCUCUGUGAGCAAGAAACGCAUUCAGAUGAGAUCCCUGUUGAUGUUUCUCAUGCAAAUGACCUCAGUGUAACCGCAGUGGACCAGGUUAUUCAGAAACAUGGGGAUAAUGAGACAAACUCUCAAUGUGAACAGAGUUUCAGCGUGAGCUCAGCUCAGAAAACCAAUCCCGGAGAGAAGCGCUACAAAUGCUCGGUCUGUGGGAAAUGCUUUGCUGUGAGAUCAGGCCUCACUGCUCACGAGAGAACCCACACGGGCGAAAAGCCGUACACAUGUUCGGACUGCGGGAAGAGCUUUAGCGUGAGUUCCAGCCUGAAGGCCCACAAGAGGAUCCACACCGGAGAGAAGCCGCAUGAGUGUUCGCACUGUGGGAAGCGGUUCUCUGUGAGCUCGACCCUGAAAAAGCACUACCGGACACACACGGGUGAGAGGCCCUAUGAGUGCUUGGUCUGCGGGGUGAGGUUCCGCCAGAUUGGCAGCCUGAAAGCUCACCAAAAAAUCCACACAGGAGAAAAAUCCUGCGAGUGCUCAGUCUGCGGGCUGGGCUUUAGUGAGCUCUCUGUCCUUUUUGCCCAUUAUAGGACCCACACAGGAGAGAAACCCUACAAGUGCUCCGAGUGCAACAAGAGCUUCUACCAGAAACAGGGGCUUGCUCUGCACCUGAAGAUGCAUUUUGGGGAGCGGCCGUAUAAAUGCUCCGAAUGCGGGAAAAGCUUCAGCGUGAGCUCACGCCUUAAGAAGCACCAGUUGAUCCAUACAGGAGAGAGGCCCUUCCAGUGUCAGCAGUGUGGAAAAAGCUUUUGUUCAAGUACAGAUCUCAUCAUCCAUGAGAGAGCCCACGCCGGAGACAAGCCCUAUCAAUGCUCCUUUUGUGGGAAACGGUUCUGUCGUACCUCGGAGGUGGUCAGCCAUGAAAGAAUCCACACUGGGGAGAAACCCUACAAAUGCCUGGAGUGUGGGAAGAGCUUCAGCGUCAGCUCGCGGUUGAGCACACACAAGAGAGUCCACACAGGGGAGCGGCCGUUCAAGUGCUCGCAGUGUGGAAGGACUUUCACCUACAAGGCCCACCUGGUUGCACACGAGAGGAUCCAUACGGGAGAGAGGCCGUACAAGUGCUCUGUGUGUGGGAAGACCUUUCGGGUGCGCGACUGUCUUAUGGUCCACGAGAGAAUCCACACUGGGGAGAAACCUUUUAAAUGCUUAGACUGUGGCAAAAGCUUCCGGAACAGCUCUUCUCUUGUCCAACACCAAAGGAUACAUGCGGAACGAAACAAAUAAAUGCAGCAUAGAAUAAAAAAGGAGAAAGAGAAAACGAGGGCCACCCAGUUCAGUGUCCAGAUCUGUAGCUUUCUGGCGAAGAAAUUACAUCACAAACAAAGUUGGAAGGCUUUAAUUCAAAAGCAUGCAUUAGGGAAUGCAACAAAGUUCCAACCGACAGUUUAUUUCCCUCAAGUCUCACCCUGUCCCCGUUCCUGCGUUGCUCCAUUUUUCAUGGCAAUCCUCUUCCAGAUUUCAAAUAUACACAGGACAGGUCUAAGGCAUGGCCUGAUUUCCUGGCUUCACAUGCCCUAUUCUGUCUGAUAGAUGGCCAUCCAUCCUGUGAUUCAAAAUCUCCAGAGAAGGAGGCUCCACCACACUUUGAGGCAGUGUAUUCCACUGUUGAACAGCUCUUAUUAUCAGUUAGUUCUUCCUAGUGUUUACAUGCCAUUUCAGUCCAUUGCUCCGUGUUCUGGUCUCCAGAGGAGGUUCCAACUCUAUCACUCCUUUCCACUUUCUGCUAAGAAGGCUGUUCAGGUCCUGAACCAGUGCUUGGCAGCUAUAAUGAUCUGGAUGAGGGCAAACAAAUUGAAAUUAAAUCCAGACAAGACAGAGAUCCUCCUGGUCAGCCUUUUCAGAAAAGUGGAGGGUUCACCUUUUCAUAAGAGUGGAGGUACAGUAUUUACAUUACUGGCAAGAAACAUUUCUGCACCUCACAUUAGGUAAAGGUAAAGGUUUUCCCCUGACAUUAAGUCCAGUUGUGUCUGACUCUGGGGGUUGGUGCUCGUCUCCAUUUCUAAGCCGAAGAACCAGCAUUCUCUGUAGACAUCUCCAAGGUCAUGUGGCCGGCAUGACUGCAUGGAGUGCUGUUACCUUCCUGCCGGAGUGGUACCUAUUGAUCUACUCACAUUUGCAUGUUUUCGAACUGCUAGGUUGGCAGAAGCUGGGGCUAACAGCGGGAGCUCACACCACUCCCCAGAUUUGAACUGGUGACCUUUCGGUCAGCAAGUUCAGCAGCUCAGUGCUUUAACCCACUGCGCCGCUGGGGGCUCCAUUACUGGGCUAAAUAUGAACCAAAGGCAGCAAAGGUUCCAUCACUGGCAUUUACUCCUAUCUCAUGCUGAUACCUGUUCUAAGACUUUGAGGGCCUUUUGCAUUGAUGACCACAAUAGUCUCACAAUUUGUAUUGUUAAAUGUUUUUCAUGUUGUUUGAUAAUCAUCCUGAAAAAUUAGUAGGGAAGGAUGGUAGACCUUAUCUUAAUAAUGAUUUUAAAAAGCAAUGAAAAAUGCAAUAAAACAAAUUGUGUUCAAUAAA